UCUUCAGUGACUCAGGAGUGUCCAUGGGGCAGAAUCGGGUGCCAUAGCACAUCCAUAGACGUGGCCGUCGUAUGCUGUGCUGAGUUCGCUCCGCUGGCGCAGUGUCCCGUGUGGAGCGAGAGAGGGCGAAGUUUACUCUGCCUGCAUUGCAGCCUGAGCGCUGCUGGAAUCGAACACAACAAUGGCGUCUCCCAGUUCCAACAGCAACUCAACAACCUCCAACAGCAACAUCGCAGGAUCCACCUCGCACCAUCAUCACCCGCAAACACAACACAUGACCACCGUCAGCAACAUGCAAGAAAUCAACACGUGCUGGAGGUGUCAAAACGAAACAGGGUUUCAGAUAAGCCUGUCUGGAGUGCCCCAAAGUAAACGUAAAGCCCUGAAGCUGAACUUCGCCAACCCUCCAGUGAAGCCAGCUACCAGGUUGCCCCUCAAUCCCUCACCUUCAACUGCCCCCUCCUUCCAGAACCCACACAUAGAACGUAUGAGGACACACAGUAUCGAGUCGUCGGGGAAGCUGAAGAUUUCUACAGAGAAUGCCUGUGACUUCACGGCCGAGGACCUGAGGGACCUGGGGGAGAUCGGGCGCGGGGCCUACGGCUCCGUCAACAAGAUGCAGCACAAACCCAGUGGACAGAUCAUGGCCGUCAAGAGGAUCCGUUCCACGGUGGAUGAGAAGGAGCAGAAGCAGCUGCUGAUGGAUCUAGACGUGGUGAUGAGGAGUAGUGACUGUCUCUAUAUCGUCCAGUUUUACGGAGCUCUCUUCAGAGAGGGCGACUGUUGGAUAUGUAUGGAACUAAUGUCUACCUCAUUCGACAAAUUCUACAAAUAUGUAUAUUGUUCGUUAGAUGACGUCAUUCCAGAGGAAAUAUUAGGCAAAAUCACAUUAGCAACCGUUAAAGCACUGAACCACUUAAAAGAAAACUUGAAAAUAAUUCACAGAGACAUCAAACCUUCCAACAUUCUCAUGGAUCGUAACGGCAACAUCAAGUUGUGUGACUUUGGCAUCAGCGGCCAGCUGGUGGACUCAAUAGCCAAGACCAGAGACGCAGGCUGCAGACCCUACAUGGCGCCGGAGAGGAUAGACCCCAGUGCUUCCAGACAAGGCUACGACGUCCGAUCAGACGUGUGGAGUUUGGGGAUAACCCUGUACGAGCUUGCCACCGGCAGGUUCCCCUACCCCAAGUGGAAUAGUGUGUUUGAUCAGCUGACCCAGGUGGUGAAGGGCGAGCCACCGCAGCUCUGCAACUCUGAGGACAGGCAGUUCUCCCCCAAGUUCAUCAACUUUGUCAACUUAUGCCUUACAAAGGAUGAGUCAAAACGGCCAAAGUACAAGGAGCUCCUGAAACACCCGUUCAUCCUGAUGUACGAGGAGAGGUGUGUGGAUGUGGCCAGCUACGUGUGUCGCAUCCUGGACCAGAUCCCAGCGUCCCCCAUCUCACCCAUGUACCUGGAAUGACGGGGGGGACACUUUACACCACAACACACAUGCCGGGGGGAAACAGUACACCGCAUGACAUCUUAGCCCUCGGAUUCAGAGUUACAAUAGUAUCAUCUGUUUGUUUCCAUGUUCCAAAGAACACGAGAACAAUUCCAUAUAAAAAAUGUAUCGCCCUGUGCAAUACGAUAAUACACACACUCACGCUUGUUCAAUGUCAAUUAAAAUAUCUAGAUUAUCCUCCCGUCUUCAGACAGCUAAACUUGAAGACAUUCAGUUGGCUCAACGUAUGUACGACGUUCAUCUUUUUUAAUGUGCUAGAAAAAAGGGUUAGAGUACAUAUACUGUAUAUGUACGUGCGUGUGUGUGUGUGUAUGUAUAUAAAUAUAUAUAUUAGUACCAGUCAAAAGUCUGGACACUCCUACUCAUUCCAAGGGUUUUCUUUAUCUUAACAAUUUUCUACACGGUAGAAUAAUAGGGGAGACAUCAAACUAUGAAAUAACACUUAUGGAAUCAUGUAGUAACCAAAAACUGUGUUAAACAAUAAAAUAUUUGUUUUUUUUUGUUUGUUUUUUGAGAUUCUUCAAAGUAGCCACCCUUUGCCUUGAUGACAGCUUUGCACACUCUUGGCAUUCUCUCAACCAACUUCAUGAGGUAGUCACCUGGAAUGUAUUUUAAGUGUCUCUACUUUUACUGGUACUAUAUAUUUACGCACACACACAUACUUGAAAAUCGAUGUAAACGAAUACAGAAGUUACCAAAUAAACAUGUUGGAAAGUGAUGCUCAUAA